CGCCCUAAUCCCUCUCCACUCUCCGUCUGCCUAUCCUACACAAUGGCAGCCUCAUUUGCUCGCAUUGCAUCCAGGCGACUCUACCAGCGCCCGGCUCUGCCUCGCCCCUCGACCGCCUUCCGCUCGCUGUCGACCUCUCUUCCCCGUCACUUUGCCGCUCCCGUCGACAACCCCAAUGCCACUCGCCUCAUCCCCGUCGACCCCAACUUCGUUCCCGGUGCCAGCAACGCUGAUAACUCGAACGUCAACCUCGCCAAUGACGCCGAUGAGGACCCCAACCAACGCAAGAUCCGCCACUACACCGUCAACUUCGGUCCUCAGCAUCCCGCCGCUCACGGUGUCUUGCGUCUGAUUCUCGAGCUCAAUGGUGAAGAGAUUAUCCGCGCAGACCCUCACGUCGGUCUGUUGCACCGUGGUACCGAGAAAUUGAUCGAGUACAAGACAUACCUCCAGGCCCUGCCCUACUUUGAUCGUCUCGACUACGUUUCCAUGAUGACCAACGAGCAAUGUUUCUCUCUGGCUGUUGAGAAGCUGCUCAACAUUGAGGUUCCUGAGCGUGCCAAGUGGAUCCGUACCCUGUUCGGCGAGAUCACCCGUAUCUUGAACCACCUCAUGUCUAUCCUCUCCCACGCCAUGGAUGUUGGUGCCCUGACUCCUUUCCUGUGGGGUUUCGAGGAGCGUGAGAAGCUCAUGGAGUUCUACGAGCGUGUGUCUGGUGCUCGUCUUCACGCUGCUUACGUUCGUCCCGGUGGUGUUUCCCAGGAUCUUCCCGUUGGUAUCCUUGACGACAUCUACCAAUGGGCCACUCAAUUCGGUGACCGCAUUGACGAGACUGAGGAGCUGUUGACCGAUAACCGUAUCUGGAAGGGCCGUACCCAGGGUGUUGGUGUUGUUUCUGCUGCCGAUGCUCUCAACUACUCUUUCACUGGUGUCAUGCUUCGUGGAUCUGGUGUCCCAUGGGAUGUUCGCAAGUCUCAGCCUUACGAUGCUUACGACCAGGUUGAGUUCGAUGUCCCCGUCGGUGUCAACGGUGACUGCUACGACCGCUACCUCUGCCGCAUGGAGGAGUUCCGUCAGUCCCUCCGCAUCAUCUUCCAGUGCUUGAACAAGAUUACUCCUGGACCCAUCAAGGUUGAGGACUACAAGAUUGCACCUCCCCCGCGUGCUGCCAUGAAGGAGAAUAUGGAGGCUCUCAUUCACCACUUCUUGCUUUACAGCAAGGGUUACACCGUUCCCCCUGGUGAGACCUACUCUGCCAUCGAGGCCCCCAAGGGUGAGAUGGGUGUCUUCGUCGUCUCGGACGGUUCCGAGAGACCCUACAGAUGCAAGAUUCGCGCUCCCGGCUUCGCCCACUUGGGAUGCUUCGACCAGAUCUCUAGAGGACACUUGCUCGCCGACGCUGUAGCAAUCAUCGGCACUAUGGAUUUAGUAUUCGGAGAGGUCGACCGAUAGACGCCAAAGAUUCAGUGCGUUGUAAAUAUGGGGCGUUUUUAUAUCAACUUUUUUUUCUCGUCGGAAUGGUUCAACGGCAUUAUGUAUUUUACUUUAGACAAGUAAACUCGAUCCUUUUCUUUUGUAAUCAUUGCAUUGCACUCGUUCUGCUACAAAAACCUUUGUUCUGUGGUUGGCGAGAUGUGUAGAGGGUUGCAAGCCGAGGAACGCCCGACCCCCGACGUUGAGCACCUACUCUGAAUCAACCAACUUGUCCAAGAUCAUGGACACUCUGCCAUUAUGAAUAUCAAAUCGGCUGGCUUGUGUCCUGGAGAGAUUCGGUAAGAAUGGCUCAUAUGGGUUAUUUCAGGG